ACGAUCUUCGGAUAACAUCGUAUAACACAAAACACUGCGUCGGAAUUAAAAACUGGGUGGUUCGAGCUUGUGGCGGUGACUUACUAUCCCGGGCGGAACUCUACUUAAGUGCAACGUCUCAAGUGAACUUGUGACAACUAAGUGACACAAGGAAAAAGACUGUGAGCUGAACAGCAAUAAAAACUAAAAAGUGAAGAAGAAAGCACGACGUUGUUCUGUGAAGCAUCUGUUGGAUAGUCGCACAAACUCAUCGCUGUACUAAAUCGUGCUAAUUGAAAUCACCAACUUUUCUGUGGGGCCUCGCCAGGAACGAUGUGCUGAAGUCACGACUCCAAGUCACACAGUUGUGGAUUGACCUGCUUUGAGUGUUGAUCGCGUAAAUUACGCGUGAAGACUUUUUUCAGUGUUUUGUACUAAAUUGUACUAAAAUAAGUGUAUAACUUUAAACCAUGGGACAUUCAACGGUAGCAGGUCUCCUAGCCCUGCUGGUAUUCGUAGUGUCCGCCCAGGACCCAAUCCUGAACCCACCGACCCCCUCAACCCCCACCAACCAAGCGGACCGCCAGUUCCGAGUGGUGUACGAGUGGAACGUUCUGGACUUUGCCUACCCGACCGAGGAUGACCGCGCUCGGGCCCUGUACCAUGGGGCGUACAUCCCGAAGAACGUGCUCAUCUCGGACUGCAAACCGCACGCGAAUCGCCUGUACGUGACGGUUCCCCGCAUGUUGGCGGGAGUUCCCGCCACGUUGGGGUACUUUGUGCGGCCGGAGAAUAACGGCCGGACCGAUCCGGAGAUUGUGCCGUUUCCGUCGUGGGAGAUGAACAAGCGCGGGAACUGUUCGGCGUUGCAGUUUGUGCAGGGCAUCGCGAUCGACAAGUACGGGAUCAUGUGGGUGGUUGAUUCGGGACGGACCGAGACGCUGCAGAGGGGAACCAACCACGUGACCUGCCCCCCGAAGAUCCUGCUGCUGGACCUGAAGCGCAACGGAACCGUCGUCUGGCGGUACGAGUUUCCCGCGGAAAUUGUCCCCAGCGGUGUCAACUACCUGAACAAGAUCGUGGUGGACGACGCGUUCGGUGGGUUUGCUUACAUAACGGACAACAGCGGGGCUGAUCCGGGGAUUGUGGUGUUUUCACGAAGGUUGAACCGCGCCUGGAAGGUCCGGGAGAACAACUCGAUGAGGGCGGCCCAGAAUGCGGUCAGGUUCGCGGUUAACGGGACGGAACUGAACUUUUCGAUUCACAUCGAUGCGAUUGCGUUGGGACCGUAUUACAACCCGCACGCGCAGAGCGAUCUGGACCCGCAGGUUGACCCGUUGAUCGGGAACCAGAACUACGAGCGUAACGUGUACUACAGUCCACUGUCGAGCUACCAUCUGUACUCGUUGCCGGCGUCGCUGCUGCGCGAUCCGGAGUUUGUGCUGAAGGCGAGUCCGCGGGAUAUUUUGGAGUCGGUUACGGAUUACGGUCGUAAGAGCUCUCAGACCGAUGGUAUGAUCAUGGACAACCAGGGUGAGCUGUACUACGGACUGCUCGGUGAGCACUCGAUCGCGCGGUGGGACUCGUACACUCCGUUCACGGCCAAGAACCAGAUUGUGGUGGCUCGAGAUCGAACGCACAUUCAGUGGGUUGAUGGGAUGGGAUUUGACCACGAGGGCUAUAUCUACGCCAUAACCAACCGACUGCACAACUUUGUCGCCGGUAAGCUGCGUUCGGACGAGGUCAACUUCCGGAUUUUGCGAGCUAAAACGAACGCGUUGAGUUACGUGGAGACGCCGGACAAUGUGUUUAACAACGAUGUGCGGUACAAGUACGAUGGGGAGGUGGAUAAUAGUCUGGUGCAUUACGGAGCAGGAGUUUCUUCGACGACGCCGGUAUCGAGCAGGUUGGAGACGGCAGGAGUGCUAGGGUUUGGAAGGAGUGGAGCGGCAAACGGAGUUGGAAGUCUGCUGACGAUGGUGGUUUGUGCUGUGGUGGUGAAGAUGUUGGCGGUUUGAGGAUGGAAGAUGACGAGGGGUUGAUGGCGAAGAUUUCAGUUACCGUAAAAGUAUCUUAACUACAGUGAUAAGGAAGAUCGAACUUUUUUUUGUCUUGUGUAAAUAAGUGAAGAAGUGUAAAUAGUUUUAAAAAUGGACUCGUACUGAGCCGUGAUGUGUUGAUAUUGUGCAGUUCUAAACUGGAAAUAAAAAUGUGCAAAGUU